CGGGAGGGCAACAAAGCUGGUUUCGCUCAUGUUUACAAGUAGUCGGUCUGGGAAAAGAAUAAAAGUUGGGGCGGAGUGCAAAUUCGUUUUGGAAGGAGGCGCCCAGGAUUGGCGGGUGGUUUACAGGACAAGGCUGCCUCAUCUUUGUUUAAUGCCAUAAGAAUAGUUUGAGGAAAACGUUUGGAGUCCAGUUUAUUCUCCUGUUUAUCAUAGCCAUUUGAUGGGAGGAUGGCGCAUGGCUUUUCAGUUUGAGACUGGUUCGUCGAAGAACGGGCGCGUGCCGCGCUUGACAGAAUCCAGGCAAAUAUCUGUAUCCAUACGUAUAUAUUUUGCAUGUACGUUAACUGCUGCGACAUUUCUGCACCUGGGGAUGCCAAGGAAAGUUUUUUGGACUGAUGUGGUAUUUUGUUCCUUGACUUUCAAAAAGGUUUGCCGAAAAGAAAAUAGUUCAACUUCAGAUUGCUGCAUUGUUCUAUGGUGGAGGGGGAUGAGAAGUUUACAACAGGUUUCGCACCGAGCAAGCAGCUACUGAAAAGCAAAAUGCCCUUGGAGUUCAGGAGCGUGUGCGUCCUCCUGCCGAAUCGAGAGGAGCUCAGCGUGGCUGUUGGGGUAAAAGCCACUGGACAGGAACUCUUCCAAAAAGUUUGUGACUUACUUCAAAUUAAAGAUCCUCACCUCUUCGGUAUCAGUGUUCUAAAAAACAAUGAAUAUGUGUUUAUCGACCUAGAACAGAAGCUUUGCAAGUACUUUAUAAAGGAAUGGAAGAAAGAGACAAGCAAAGGAACAGAGAAGUUUAGCCCUCCUCUGGUUACAUUCUUUAGAGUGCAGUACUAUGUGGAAAAUGGACGGGUCAUAAGUGACAAGGUAUCACGGCACUAUUACUACUGUAAUCUCAGGGACCAAGUGCUGAGGUCUCGGUGUCCAAACAAAGAAGAAAUCUACUUCCUGCUGGCUGCUUAUGGUCUGCAAGCUGAUGUGGGUGACUACCAGGAAAAUUUACAUAGUAGGAACUAUUUUCAUCCCCAGACUUAUUUUCCGCAAUGGAUAAUUGCAAAACGAGGGAGCGAUUAUAUCCUGAAGCAUGCUCCAGAGAUCCACCGAGAACAGCAAGGUCUGACCACAAGAGAAGCUCUUCUGAAAUAUGUCAAAGAAUCCUGUUUGCUAGAAGAUGUGCCUGUUCAUUUCUACAGAUUGCAGAAGGAUAAGAAAGAGGAUCGUCCUACUAUCAUCCUGGGCCUGACCCUUAAAGGGAUACAGAUUUAUCAGGAUGUGAACCAUGUUCGAGAGCUGCUCUAUGACUUCCCCUGGUCACAUAUUGGGAAGCUUGCCUUUCUGGGGAAAAAGUUUGUUAUCCAGCCAGAUGGUUUGCCUUCUGCCCGGAAACUGAUUUACUAUACAGGCUGUCCCUUCCGGUCUCGGCAUUUGCUUCAGCUGCUCAGCAACAGCCAUCGGCUGUUUCUUAACAUCCAACCCGUGCUUAAGCAGAUCCAGAUGCUGGAAGAUGCGGAAGAGAAAAAACGAUAUCGGGAAUCUUACAUCAGUGACACAUUGGAGAUGGAUCUUGAUUCAUCAGACAAGCAUUCACACGACAGCGGAAGCAGCAGAGGAAGUGAAAGAACCAAUUGUUUGUCUCGGCAGUCAACGGAGAGCCAUGGCAGUUCACACACAUCUGGCAUUGAGGCAGACUCAAGGCAUCGGAUGUCUGUGGAAAUGUCUGUGGAUGAACCCUUCAUUAUGGAUCAGAUUCAUCAGAAGGAGAAGUCCUGUAACUCAACUGUCAGCUGUGGCAGCUCAGGUGUUGACAGUGGCAGCAAAGGCAAAGUGGAUGGCUCCCAGGGUGAUGAAGCUGAACUGGUGGAUGAGCCAGAAGAGGUAUCUGUGGAUGAGCUUCACUCAGAAGAGGCCAUGAAUGGGAUGCCUGUAGAUUCUCUUGCAGUCGACGGUCUUUGCUGUCAAACCUUUAAUAGGAACCCUCUUUCAGUAGUACAGGUCACCUUGAUAAAGGUCAGAGGGCAAAGUGUGGAAUCCCUUCAUCAGCAGGUGGCACAGUCCAAAGCUAUGAAGUAUCCAGACCUGCACAGCCAAAGUUUAGAUGACAUCCGCCUUCACAAGCACCUUCAUCCACUAUUAAGUACCACAUUGUCUUCAGAUACCUCCCAUAGCUACACGUUUGGUUGUACCUUAGAGGAUAAACUGGUCAACUAUGGAUGUGUGUAUUCAACAGCUGACUGCAAAACUAAGUCAGCCCUGUAUGGGAAGAGGUCCAUGAAUUGUCUCUCUCUGGAUCUUUUGGGAGAAGAUCCACUUCCAGAGGAAUUUGUGGUGUAAUCACAUUUGAAGACCUCUUGGACUAUCUUAGAGAGGAACAUAAACGGACAUUAAAAAUGACUAUUGUUAUGAAACUUGUGUGAAAAGAAAGCCGUUAUAUAUACCUCAUCAUCAGGGAUGCUUGUGCUUCAUUCUUGUUCGGGUGUUAAAACAACCUCUCUGGCUUUCCAUUGUUCUGUCUAGAAGUCUUAAUUGAAGUACAAAUUAAUAGUUAAAACUUACCAUCAGUUCUUCUCCCAGUCAGCAUCUGAGGAAUCCUGGACUACUGGCAGAAACAAUUUUCAAACUAAAAAGGCUGGUGGGCAAAUAAGUUAAAAUUCCAGAUAAGCCAACAGGGAAUACAGCAAAUAGCUGCCUGGAAUUCUCCAGGUGUGGUCUAAGGUAUUGGCCACUUGGUCCUCAUGUUGUUUCAGUAUGUAUGGUGCUGGUUUUCCUCAAAAUGUAUCCUCAUCAGCUGCCUAACAGGCAGAAGUUCUAUCACUCCAUUGCUGUUGUCUUGAUAAAACAAAAGGUCUGCCUUACAUGCAGCUUUCUUCUCUCAAACCUAACUCUUGUUACCAGAUCACAGUUUGAAGUGGCCAAAUGUUCAUUGCUUGCAGAGAAAGAGAAGAGGAGCAACAGCAGCUGCACAGGCCAAAAACAGCGUUUUGCACCUGGUGCCAAGCGAAUGGCACCAGGUCGGAGACACUGCAUUUUGGCGCAUCUGUUUUGUUUGUAAACUUACCUUCUCUUCCCUGCACAGCUCUGCGGUGACAAGGGGACACACCUCCUGCCCUCCAACCCCUGGGAUGUUGCCACAGCCAUUUGGGGGUGUCCCCUCAUCCAGUAGUGGGAUUCAGCAGGUUCGCACCACUUCGGCAGAACCGGUUGUUAAAAUGGUGCUUGUAAACAACCAGUUGUUAAAUUAUUUGAAUCCCACCACUGCCCUCAUCCUUGCAGAGCUGUGCAGGGAAGAAAAGGUAAGUUUACAAACAGAAUGGAGGCGUCUCCGUGUGACGGUGUGGUUGCAGGCUGCGGCAGUUCCGAGACUGCUCGCAUGGGAGUGUGUGAAUGGUCCCAGGGCUCCACCGGCAUCAUUUACACCGGUGUCCUGUCACUUCACAGGCCCAUGCGGAAUGGGCCAAAGUGAAGACUAGAGAAGAAGCAAAGCUACAAAUGAUUUAUUAUCAAAACUGAUCCAAAUGUUCAAUUUUUAAAAUUCAAGGGCCAAAAGUUGUAUGUCUUGAUCUUGAAGAUUAAUAUUACAUUGAAUGUGCCCUUUAAUCAAUAAGUUCCUUAGGUCAAGAUACUGGCUCUGCUAGAGAUCUGCAAGAAUGCAGAUGCAUUGAUUUCAUUGAUUUCUGCAUUGAUUUCAGUGGGACUGCUCAGUUUUCUCUGAGAUUGCUAUUUUGAGUGGAAGCAAAGAGGCCCUAUUCAGUUUUUUUAAAUAACAAGUGUAGAGCCACUCAUGGGAGGGGCCAAUCUUCCUCCCUUCUACCAGCUAACACCGCUGCACUGCUUCUCCCUCCCCUCACUGUCCACCAAAUUCACUCACUCACUUAUUUAGCAGCUUGAGUGUGGUUAGUAGUUCCCUCAUUGUCCACCAUUAUUGCUUCCAUUCUAUGGCUUACAGGUCGAUUCCUCACUGAAAAAAUAAAUGUAGAUACUAACCAGUUUGAGAAAAACUGGGACCUUUUCAGCACUGUUUCAGAAUCCCCACUGCAGCUUCUGCCCCACAAACGAUCCUUGUUCCCAGAAAUGCAGCAGCAACGAAGGAUUCCCCACUGAGGCAGAUUGAACACACAAUCCGCUCAGGGGUUAUCCUGAUUGGCUGUUGCAUUGUGUUGGGGAGGGAAUUUUUUAAAAUUUUCAAACUACCAGAUCCACGCAUCUGCAAGCAUGCGCAGAACGACCCUAUGCAAAAACAAAGAAACGGGCAAUUAAAGCGAAGCCCUGUUUCCAAGCGCCUCCAUGUAGUUGGAUCCACAUGGAUACGACGUGUAGCACUGCUUUGUAUUGCCUUCUACUCAGUCAGUCAAUCAAAACUGGCCCCAUGUUGCUUCGUAUUCACAUGGAUCUCUGGUCCGCACAAUUAAAAAAAGGCUGCACGUGCAUCGCACACAGCCCACUGCAUUCUCAUUGGAUGGGAGGCUUCACAUCGCUAUCAGCGGCAGGAAAAACGAAUCCGGAUUCACCCCUCCAAUUUCCCCACCACUCAGAUUGCCCAUGUGGUUUUUGAAAAGGUCUACUUUCUUGCACGUUCUAAAAUAACAUGUGCUGGGGGGAGGGAGCACCAGAAACAGGAUGAAAGUGUGUUAGGCGCUGGUGAAGUGGGGAGUUCUGCUGGAAACCUAGAUAUUUUGUGUGUCGAGCACGCAUCUAAUCCUCAGUGGGGAAUUGACCACAGUGUGGUGGGGAAGCUGCUUUGCUCUUCUUCUCCUUCAGUCUGUUCUCCACAUGUCAGGGGCAAAGGUGAAGUAGUGGCCCUGCUGCUCCCACAAACCUACCAGCCAGAAGCAAGGAGAUGGAUGGCAGUGGCCCCUGCUUCUCCCCACCUGUCAUCUAACUGGAAGGUCCAGGUUUCACCAAUUCCACCCACCUGCUGAUCUCAAAGUGCAAGUGGGCAGAGUCAGGACUCUCCUGACUCCUUCUACCUUCCCCACUGAAGUAUGUUGCCAUCUGCAUUUGCACAGAUGUGUUCUUUUGUUUGGGGAGGUUUUAACCCCACCGAUUUUUGUAAAGCUUUCAUAUUCUUUUGCAAAUCUGUAGGGUCUGUGUUGGUGAAAAGCCUCAUAGGGUUUUCAAGGCAAGAGAUGUUCAGAGAUGGUUUGCCAUUGCCUGGCUCCAUGUGGGCCGAGAGAAUUCUGAACGAAUUGUGUCUGGCCCAAGGUCAUCCAGCAGGUUUCCUGGCUGGCGGUGGGUGAGGAAUCAAACCCAGUUCUCCAGAUUCCACCAUUUUUAACCACUACAACAUGCCGGUGACGUCUGGGUUUGUAGAAAAAUAUCUUUCUUUUUAAUCUGGCCCCAUUCACUUGUGCAAUCAAUUCACAUGGAGAUCAGAUUCAAAAUUAGAUGCAUUGGUAAUGAUAGAUCCUUGGACUUUGACUAAUCCCAGUUCUGAAAUAUUGGCUAGUGGAGCUUUGCUUCAUUUCUUUCUUUUUAAUUUUUUUAAAUUUUUAAUUAAACUUUAUUAAGAAUAUAAUUUUAAAAAGAAAAAAGAAAUACAAAGGCAAGUCACAUUUGACAUAUUGAUCACAACCAAUCAAACCUAGUAUCUAACCAGUAAUAUCUAUAUUCAUUUAGAUACUUUGUUCGAUGUCAAAACUUAACUAAACGACUUUGCUUCAUUUCUUAACUAUGUUGUCUUAAUUUUUUGCUUUACUCUUAUUUUCUUAAUUUGUCUUAAUUUCUAGCAGGAUUGCAAAACAAUUUUAUCUACUUCCUAUAUGAUUUACAGCCACAACCCAAGAGGGGGGUGAAUCUGCCACUGGGAACAGCAUGGGGCCACACUGGUGGACUUUCCCUCCCCAAGGCACUUACCCCAGCGGAAGGGUGGAUCUUUGGCAGGUGGCUACUGCAGCCCUCCCUGGUGGUCUAACAGUGUUCAGAGUGUUGCCCCAGCAUGCCUAUGUCCCCGCUGCCAUUGACAUAGCUGUGGGGGUCCAAAGGCGUAGCCAGCGGAGGAGCCAAUGCUAGAUGGCUUCUACCCAGCCAUUGUCUCUGUUAUACCACUAGCGCCUGAGGUUUUGGACUUAUGCCUCUGAAAAGGUGGCAUAAAUCCAUUAAGUCCAGUGGGAGCUUUCUGACAGUAGGGAGACUUUUUUGUGUUUUUUGCCUCCCCACGCCACCAGAAAGCCCCUUAGGAAUGGUGGGGCGGCAACAGCUUCCCCUCUGGUUGCCCAGCUCUUUGUAUGAGGCUGUAAGUUUUCUUGAGGCCCAGUUCACACAUACAUUUCAUCACAUGUUGAUAUCAAUGGCCUGUACAUUUGAGUGCCCGAUCAUGCAGUACUUUUCAAGGGAACCCAUUUCACACACAGCCAUCUUUAUGGGCUUGUUUUUGCCUGGAAUUUUCAGUACACUAUUACUUUAUCUCAAAUGGGAGAACAUUUUGUUGUAGAAUUUUAAAAUAUAAUUAAGACCACAUGCAGUAUUUUCAUACUACUGACCUUUUUUGCAAUAGAAAAUCCUGGCCUCUUUCAGUUGAAGAGUUCUUGUUUCUCUACCACCACCAAAUUGCAAACUGGAAAUACUAGACACAUCCACAGAUAUUAUGUCAGCCAUUGUUCUUCAUAUUUGAGUUAUUUUUGUAUGUUUAAUCAGUUCAUUUGCUUGUUGCCAUUGCUCAAGACUGCUAUAUAGUCUGGUGAAUUCUGUAUUUCUAUCCAUGUAUUCAUAUUUAUUUAUGCCUAGCGAGAUUGAAAAACUUGCAGCAACAGUAUAUACUUUGUCUUGAUUUCAGAAAAUGGAGAUGACAAAGGGGAGGGGAAUGCCCAAAUUAUGCCUAGUAUGAAGGCUAGUUCUUAUGGACUAUCAUGGGCCAAACUGUUUCUGCCAAAGUUAAGCACUUUGACACACCUAACUCUUUUUCACUUAAAUUAUAGGUUCCUUAAAAUGCUGAACUUUGGCUGAAUUGUGUCGAGGUAAUAUGAGAGCCAGAGCUGGAAACUAUUCAUCUUGUCUUAAUGAAAAUGCUUCAGCUAUUCUGAUGGCAGUUAUAGAACCUCAUUUCACUCAUGUGAACUUAAGAAUCCUGGUAUAGUUUUAUUCUAAUCCUGAAGUUAUGUUUCAGUUUUGUUUAAUUUAGCAGUAGUAUAGGGCUUUUUUAUUUAAAAAAAAACACAACCCCAACCUAUUUUAAUCUACUGAUAAUAUGAAAACCAGCUGUCAGUACUUGUUCGGCCAUAAGAUACCUGUUGUAGUCAUUCUAUUUUCUUCCUUUCCAUGAAAGGAAAUAUUUUGUAUGAGGAAAAAACACACACAUGUAUGUAUAUAUAAAUACACAAAUAAUAAUUUACACACUUAAUAAAGAGAUUGUUAGAAAAGCA